AUGUUUUGUGCUGCUGCUGCUGGAGGUGGGGGGCGCGAGUCACGGCUAGGGCUCUGCGGUUGGGUUAGGGUGAUAAUGGCUAGGGCUUUGCUAGGAUGUAGAGGCCGCAUAGGAGAUGAGGGAGAAGAUGUCAUUGUUGAGAGGAGCCGAGAAAAGAGUGAGACAGAGGGAAGAGGAGAUGAGGGAAAAGGGGAAGUGAAGGUGCAGGGAGUGGAACUGUUCCGCGGGGAAGAAGCUACAAGGAAGAAGAGUAAGGCAGAGGUAGCUAGGGCUGGAAAGUGGAGGUCUGGCUGA